AUGUCACAGAGUUACGAGUAUACACCUGAAGUUUUUCAUUUCUUCUUGCAUCUAGCACUGCCUGAAACACAACAAACCGCGCAUCUUGUCUACAGUCUGACCCCUGCAUGUACGGGAGAUUCUUUCGCAAUGCACCUGUGCCCAGACCUUCCCGAUGAUAAUUCCAUCGGCCUUUCUAUGAUUGCAACAAUAACUGCAGGCUUCACACUUGGAGGCCUACACAUACUGCUGCGUGUUGCCAUGAUAACUGAAAACGUCACUUUCCCAUACGCCUACGUUCACCGAGGCCAGAAUUUGGGCAUGCUUACAAACUCUGGGCUUCAAUAUAAGAAUGCACAGACUUCACGGACCUCGCCAGAAGCAAACUGGUGCAGCUUUGGCAGGGUCUAG